GGGCAUGCUGCAAGCAUCAGGUCUGUGUGUGAUAGCAGACAAGCUGAACUUCUUCCGCUACCUCUCCCACUUCCGUUGCGUGCACAGAGGAGCUGCUUUUCUGAAGAUGAGAACCACAACAGUGCGCAAGCUGUUGCCAGAGUCCUGGGGCUUCCUCUGUCCUGUCCACACACCAGACGGCGAGCCUUGUGGCUUGAUGAACCAUAUGACGGCCGCCUGUGAAAUCGUAACCCAGACUUUCAACACUGUAUCUCUGCUACCGUUGCUUUGCUCUUUAGGUGUCACCCCAGUUGAUGGUGUACCAAGCCAACCUUAUGCUGAAUGUUAUCCAGUUACAUUAGAUGGAGCUCUGGUGGGCUGGAUAGAAAAGGAUCAGGCUCCUGAUCUUGUGGAGACUUUCAGGCGCUUCAAGGCAAUGCAAGAAAAGAAGAUUCCAGGUUGGACAGAAGUGGUGCUCAUUCCGAUGACAGGGAAACCCAGUCUCUACCCAGGACUUUUUAUUUUCACUACCCCUUGUAGGAUGAUGCGUCCUGUACAAAACUUGGCUUUGGGAAAAGAAGAAUGGAUUGGCACAAUGGAACAG